GUUUAUUUUUGCUUCCGUUUACCUCGUAACUCCUAAAAGUGUGUUGUGAAUGCGUUUUUGGUUAUAUACGUCCUUGAGGUAGUUUGUCAGCAUCCGUAGUGGUUAGUUUGUCAAAGAACAUUACAUGUUAAAGGUGGAACAGCUUGAUAAAGCAGAAAGAUGGACCGCCAGGAUGCUGGGAGCAGUGGUUUUGGGGAAGGUCUUCUCUCCAGGAUGGCUCUCAAUGACAACAAGGCUGGUAUGGAAGGACUGGACCGAGACAAGAUCAACAAGAUCAUUCUGGAGGCCUCCAAGGGAUCUAGAUUUUAUGAGAAUGAACUCAAAAAGGAGCAACAGGUGAAUCAGCGUAUUAAAAAGAUGAUGGAGCAAAAAGCAAAAAUCACUAAAGAACAAAUGAAGCAAGCACAAGCAGAGGUGGACAAGCUGACAUCUCACAUGGAGAGUGGUCGAGACCUGGGCAGUGUGAUAGUUCAUGUAGACAUGGAUGCAUUCUAUGCUGCUGUGGAAAUGAGAGACUGCCCAGAGCUGAAGGACAAACCUCUGGCAGUGGGAUCCAUGAGUAUGCUGUCAACCUCUAAUUACCACGCCAGGAGAUUUGGUGUCCGUGCUGCCAUGCCUGGCUUUAUUGCUAAAAAGCUCUGCCCAAACCUAGUCAUUGUGCCCACCAACUUUGACAAAUACAGAGCUGUGAGUGCUCAGGUACGGGAGGUAUUUUCAGUCUACGAUCCUCAUUUUAUGCCUAUUAGUCUUGAUGAGGCUUAUCUGGACAUCACUGAGCACUUAAAUCAGCGGAAGCUCUGGCCUGAGUCCAUGAGAACACAUUACAUACGUGAUGCUAAGAAAGAGAAUGAUGCAGACAGGACUGCGGUUGAGUCAGAGAGAGAUGGCCUGUCCCCUGUGCUGUUUGAAGACAGUCCCAGCUCCUCCCCUUCUCUGUCUGGGGUUGAUGGGAAAGCAGAAGUGUUUGGAACGAGUGCCGAGGAGGCUGUGAGGGAGAUGCGCUUUCGUAUUGAGCAGAAAACAACUUUAACAGCCAGUGCCGGCAUUGCCCCAAACAUGAUGUUAGCAAAAGUAUGCAGCGAUAAGAACAAGCCCAAUGGCCAGUACAGAAUUCCUCCUGAGAGACAAGUUGUGAUGGAUUUUAUCAAAGAUCUUCCAGUCAGAAAGGUAUCUGGUGUUGGAAAGGUAACUGAGAAGAUGCUGGCUGCUUUAGGUAUCGUCAGCUGCUCUCAACUUGGCCAGCAGAUGGCGCUAUUAUCCCUGCUUUUUUCCGAAACCUCUUGGCAUCAUUUUCUUCACAUAUCUCUGGGUUUGGGCUCAACAUAUGUUGAGAGGGACUCAGAAAGAAAAAGCAUUAGCACUGAGAGGACGUUUUGUCAGAUGAGUGAUGCAGAGGAGCAGUAUUCUUUAUGUAGGGAACUCUGUCAUGAUCUAGCGCAGGAUUUACAAAAGGAGGGCCUCAAGGGCAAAACUGUUACUUUGAAGUUGAAGAAUGUAAAGUUUGAGGUGAAGACCAGGGCGUUUACUUUGCAGUAUGCUGUCUGCUCUGAGGAGGAGAUCUUUGCUGCUGCAAAGGACCUUCUCAAAGUUGAGAUUGACUCUGUCAGCCCUCAGCCACUAAAGCUGAGACUCAUGGGCGUUCGAGUGUCCAGCUUUAUUAGUGUUGAAGAUAAAAAGCCUCUUCAGAAGAGCAUAAUGGGUUUCUUGCAGAAAGGUGGAUGUGAUCCAAGCAUCUCCACACAGUGUCCUGGAUUUGCACUCAAAGCAGAAGCAGACAAUGAUGCCAAAUCUGAUGGUGGUUUUCUAAAGCCACCGUCUACUGAGAUAAAUGUACCUUCUGUGUCUGAGCAAAUAUCCAAAGGACAUCAGCAGCAAUCUUUUUUUCAAAGAGCAGAGUCCAAAAGACUUCAACAGCAGCAGAAACAAAUGUUUGAAAAUGCCGUCACCUCUGGUACAGACACAACAAACAAUACUGCUGACACAUCUGAUACUACACAGACAAAUCUAUCAAUAAUAUACACACAAUCAGACACAACAUCAGCAACUCAAACAGGUUUGUCAAAUACAAACUUGGGGAAAGAUGCAACAGGACAUAUUAACAAGCAUGCAACAUCAAAGACAUAUUUUAAUGCCACAACACCGUUGCUUCAGUGUCUCACCUGUCCUGUGUGCAACAAGGAGAUGAAGGCUGUAAACCUCAUAGCUUUCAACAAGCACAUUGAUGAGUGCCUCAAGGGCAGUGCAAUGGAAAAUCAAGCCACAGAUAUGGAUACAGUUCUGAAUAAAUGCAGUGAAGCAUGUGAGCAGGGGAAACAGGAAGAGCUCAAUUCCGAAAUGCCUGUAUCAAGUUCAAAGAGCCAAGGCAUACCCCAUAAUGAUAAUGGUGAGAAGCCAUCCACUAGCAUCACUGUACCAGUGGAGGAAAAUGAUGAAAGCUCUGAUUUCAGGAUGCCGUUUUUUAGCCGCAGGACACAUUUUAAAGAAAAGUGCUCAGUUGUUCCUAAUAAGGAGUUGCCUCUUUGUGAACCUAGUUAUAAAGUCACCCAAGUAACGCAUGAUCCUGAGGCUGUCAGAGUGUUGUCAUCUGACUUGAAAGGCCCUUCUUUGAUAUGUCCUGUGUGCAGUCAACCGCAGAGCACCAAUGACCUCAUUCUCUUCAACCGGCAUGUAGAUAUGUGUCUCAACCAGGAAGUGCUGCUGGAUUUGACAGGAUUUCAACCUUUAGAUGCACCAGCCUCCAUGAGCGUAAGAGGCCAAUUUGAGGACCCACAGGGAAGAUUUUCUAAAGUGAGAGAAAAAAGCAAAAGACAAGGAUUAUCUCCCCUUCCUCCAUCUAAGAAGGCAAAGGUGUUGAGCACAAAACAUACAAUUGACAAGUUUUUCAAAGGCAACACCAGACAGAAUUACUAAUUCUGUUUAGUCCCUAAACUGUUACAAACUACAGACAGAGAAUAUCAUUAUAUCGUGGAAGUUCACGAUAUAAUGGCAACACAUUGAUGUGCAUCGUAUUAUUGUACAUCAUUUUUAUUUUUUUUUUACUUUUGCACUUCUUUCUAAGUAUGUAGAACAUACAGAAUAGCAUUCUGAGAUGAUAUUCUUCUCCCCACAAUGUACAGAGUGGUUAUCUGAGUUACCGUAGACUUUGUCAGUGUGAACCAGUCUGGACAUUCUCCAUUGAUCUCUCUCAUCAACAAUUUGUUUCCAUCUACAGAACUGGCACUCACUGGAUGUUUUUUGUUUUUGGCACCAUUAGUAAAGUAGUAUUAGUAGUAGAGUAAAUUCUUGAGACUGUUGUGUAUGAAAAUUCCAGGAGAUCAGCAGUUACAGAAAUCCUCAAACCAGCCCAUCCGGCACCAAUAAUCAUACCACAGUCCAAAUCACUGAGAUCAAAUUAUUUCCCCAUUCUGAUGGUUGAUGUGAACAUUAACUGAAGCUCCUGACCCAUAUCUGCAUUAUUUUAUACACUGCACUGCUGCCGCACGAUUGGCUGAUUAGAUAAUCAAAUGGAUAAUUGUUGGUGCCAGACGGGCUGGUUUGAGUAUUUCUGUCUCUAGUUUACUCAGAAUGGUGCCAAAAACAAAUAAACAUCCAGUGAGCGACAGUUCUGUGGCAGAAAUAUCUUGUUGAUGAGAGAGGUCAACAGAGAAUAGCCAGACUGUUUCGGAGUGACAAAGUCUACGCUCUGUACAAUUGUUGUGAGAAGAAUAUAAUCUCAGAAUGCUAUUCUGAGAUGCGGGUUGGCGCUGUUUUGGCGGCAUGGGGCGGACCUACACAAUAUAAUGCACGUGGUUUUAAUGCUAUGGCUGAUCAGUGUAUGUGUGGGCAACACAUUGAUGUGAAUCGUAUUAUUGUACAUCAUUUUUAUUUUAUUUUUUACUUUUGCACUUCUUUCUAAGUAUGUAGAACAUACAGUACAUGUUAUUGCUAUAUUAAUAUAUAUUUUUAUUCUAUGUAUAGAUACAAAAUAUUAGUUUUAAAGGGUCAUAUGUAUGGACAUAAGUAGAACAUAGGGACAUAUGUAUGGAAAGCAAUUUAUAGACCCUAUAUGAAGAUUUAUCAUCUUAAAAGUGUAAAGUAUCAUAUUUGUAUAAUUCCCAUUUUUAUGAAAUGUGUCAAAAUGUACACGUCAUUAUUGUCAUAUAUUAAAAUAUUCUCUUAAACUUGGGUAAUGGUGCUAUGCGUCUUAAAUGACUGAAAUUUAAUAUAAAUUAUUCAGGUUUUCUUUAUUUGUGUAAAAUGAAUUUCCUUCCUGUAAUAGAACGUGCAUAUGUGUGAGUUGUAUCCCUAUUAUUGUAUUAAA